AUGGAUGUCGGGGAUGCCGCUACAUCCCCGACGCAGGACAGAAGCUUCCCAGGUCCCUUGCACCGGGGAAGGGUUUCCAGCUCCGGCGUAAGAGGGAAGAGCCCGGAGAGGCCCGCGGCCCUGGAGACGGCGCCCGAGGGAUGGAGGCCGCGCUCCGCUGCGCCCUGGCGCGCGCGGGGGAGGGGGGCUCUCCGGGAAUGGUCACCGGGAGGGUCCUCCCGAGGGGACCGGCCUGACCCCCCAUCCCCGGGCGCCUCCAGGUUACGCCCCCGCCCGCCCAUCCGACCGGAGCGGCGGUCGCCUCCCCCCACCCCAGCCCCCCGGUCCCCAACCCCAAGGCCCCCUGCACGCCCCUCCGCGGCCGCCGGGGACCCGACGCCGACGGCGCCCUCUCCAGGCCCGGAGGAGGCCGCGGGUGGGGGAGCGGCUGGGCCGCGGCCUGUCCCCGGCGGCGGGCGCGGGGCCGCGCGGACAGCGCCUCCGCCCCGCAGGAACAAAGCGCCCCGCAGGCGGGCAGGCGAGCGGGCGGCACUCACCGCGCACGGGCGAGCCUGGGCGCGGGGCGCCCCCCGGGCCGGGCCGGGGCCGAGCGCCCGCUGCAGUCCCCGAGCUGCGGGGCCGCCGGGCGGCAGCCGCGCUAGGCGGCCGGGGCAGCGACGCCGCCGCCGCUCCCUCCUCCGGCCCGGGUCCCUGCUCCGCCGCGUCUUCUCCCUCGCCGGGUCCCCGCCGCCGCCGCCGCCGCCGCCGCCUCAGCCUCGGCUCCGCACCGGCUGCUCCUCUCCAUCAAGGCCGGGCCGGGCCGCGGGGAACAUCCCGGAAACAGCGCAGCGGGGUCCCGCUCCCCUCGCCGCCCGGGCCCCGGGGCUCCCGGCUCCCCCGGCCGCGGCGCUCACCCUCUCCGCCGGCUUUUCGGCGGAGCCUGCUGAGAAGGGACCGCCGCACGCCCCCCGGACCCUACACCCAUUGCUGGAUGCUGUCACCAGCGAUGGCAACACGCGAGCCCGCCGCGUUCAUUUUACUCCAGCUGGAGUACAAAAGAACUGCCCACGCUAG